GGGCAUGAGAGAGAGAAAAUAACGAGAGAAGGGCGGGGGAGAAGACCUCUCUUCUGCUUAGUGUGAUUUUAAACCAGGCGUUCCGAAUAUCGGAGUGGCAGAUUUCUUCUAUAUCUCUGACUCAGCUUGUUUCAUGGCAUUCCAGAAGAAACUGCAGGGGCUGGUUGCAGCCGCCAUUACCCCAAUGACUCAGGAGGGAAACAUCAAUCUCUCUCUGAUUGGGCAGUAUGUGGAUUACCUAAUAAAUCAGCAAGGUGUCAGGAAUGUAUUUGUGAACGGAACAACAGGAGAAGGUCUAUCCCUAAGCAUUCAGGAGAGAAAACAGUUGGCAGAGGAAUGGGUGACCCAAGGCAAGGAUAAGCUGGAUCAUGUAAUAAUUCAUGUUGGAACACUGAGCUUACCUGAAUCAAAGGAUCUGGCCAAGCAUGCAGCCCAGAUAGGAGCGGAUGGCAUAUCUGUCAUUUCCCCUUUUUUCUUCAAAGAGGUGAAUAAAGAUGAAUUGGUUGCCUUCUUCCGGGACGUUGCAUCUGAAGCUCCUAAUAUCCCAUUUUAUUAUUAUCACAUUCCUCCUAUCACUGGCAUUAAAAUUCGUGCUGAAGAAUUAUUAGAUGGUAUGAAAGAACAGAUUCCUACCUUUAAGGGGGUGAAGUUCAGUGACAGAGACCUCCUGGAUUUGAGGCAAUGUAUGCAAAAAAGUGAACAAGACAGUUUUAUGUUUCUGUAUGGUGUGGAUGAGCAACUCCUGAGUUCACUGGUGAUAGGAGCAAAUGGGGCAGUUGGAAGUACAUAUAACUACCUGGGCAGGAUACAUAACUUACUACUUGAAGCUUUUGCCUCUGGAGAUUUGUAUUCAGCACAAAAAUAUGAGUUCUGUAUUCAGGAGUUCCUCGGCUUUCUCAUUUCACUCGGCUUUGGUGUUCCACACAUCAAAGCGGUCAUGACAAUAUUUUCCGGGAUCCCGAUGGGCCCACCACGACUUCCACUUUCACCUGUCUCUGACGACUUCAUCAUUAAAGUAAAAACCAAGCUGGAAAGCCUGAAGAACUGCCUCUUUGGUUCAGUUUAAACCUCACUGUGGUCUUAAAAGAAUAGUCCACAUAAUUUGGUAAACUUGAAAUGUAGUAUUUGAAAUACAUGCAGAUUGCACCAUUUUCAUGAAGUUUCAUGAAUCUGGCAUGGACUACUUCUUAUCCAGAAUGAUCUGGCCUUGUUUGUGUGGAAGAUGAUAACUGCGUUUAGUCUGCCAAUACUGUGAAGUUUUCCAGGGGAAAGAAACUAACUUUGAAAUAGGAGGAUCUCGUUUCCAACAAAUAAAGAAAUCUUGUCUCCUGAAAUUCUUCUGCAACAUUAGAGAGCAUGGCACAAUUUAACCAACUGAUUUAUUUCUUAUUACUUUCAUAUCCUGAAGCAAUAUGAAUAAUAAUGUAGUGCUUAAAGCACUGCAUUUAUAGAACCCAAACUCUGGAAAUCUUUUACAUUUACUCUUGAAAUGUGCAUACUGUUGAAAACUUGAAAUAGGAACAUGUCCAACUGGAAUAACAAAUUGUAAUUAACAAGUGUUUUCUAGCUUUUUUUUUAAGCGCCAUUUUUUCAAAUAAUGAAAGAGUAACAAAAAAGGAAUAAAGCUAAUUAUACACUCCUUGCCUGGAUGGCCAAACAACAAAGUGUUAUUUAAAAAAGAAAUAACCUGGGAUUUCAUCUCAGCUUAUCUAGGAUACAUGCAUUCAUUUUUACAAAGAAGUAAAUCAUGAAAUGAAACUUAUUAUCACCAUGAUGUUUUGAGCCUUAUGUUUUUGUUUACUACCAAGUUUUCAACCAUAGGCAGCCUAUGAAAUGAGUAUUAGCCUCAAAGUAUAUUAUAAUAUUGCAGGAAAGGAUUGUUAUACUAGCCUUGGAUGACACUGUUUUGAUGUGAAAAUGAGUAAAGCAGGCAUUUUCUUGAUCAAAUUGAAAUUCUAACUACAGUAUUACUAGGGUCAGGAAUGAUAAAGGAGACUACACAUCAUGGAAUGAAAUUCCUCCCCACCUGAUAAUAUCCUGUUAAACUAACUCAUCACCAAGCUACCAAAUCUAUCUUAAUUGAUUAUGGGAGUUGUAGUUCAAAUAAAUGGAUGAAACAGAAGCAGAUACUGUCAUUUUUUUGACCAAACCGCUAUCUAGAAACAGUGUACUGCAAGAGGUAGUAAGAUCUUAAAUUUAAAACAACACUCAGUGAAACUAACUUAUAUUUUUUAACCCAUGCUAUUAUUAGCAGAUUUUCCCUUUUGCUGGUCAAUAGGAAAAAUGGAAGUUCUUUACAAAUAAUGAUAAUGUGUCAAAUACAUCCUGACCAUUACAUGUUUAGCAUACAGGUAUUUCUUGGAUUCCGACAGCAAUUGAGAUUAAGAUUUUGUACCCCUGAAAAUGUAUCUUAAAAUGUGUUGAACAUCUUGCCUGUUGCAUUAGAAGAUGGGCAAGAUAUUCUUCAUGGGAAAUUGUUCAACCCUGUAUUUCUUUUUUUAAUUCUUUCUGUUAUAAUUCAUCAGUUUUUGGGCUUGUAGUAAACAAGGAACUUCAAAAUCCAAUCAUAUUCUUUAUUUAUAUCUUAAUUAUGUGCUUCCAAGUAGGGGUUUAAUGAAUAAUUGCCCACCAAACAUUUAUACUUGCUUUUUUCUCCAUAUCACUACCAUUAAUUUGCUUACUGGCAAAAUUCCAUGUGAGAAAGGUUUCAUGAUGCCUUUGAUAGUUACAAGUAGGAGUCCUCUGCCUAGAAAUAUUAUUACUGUCUGAGCCAUACACUUGAAUUGAUUGAGUAGGUGCACUUUCAAAGCUAAUAUCAAAUGUAUUUCUGCUUCUGUUAAUACAUAUGGAAAUAUGUUAAAGGUUGGCAGAACAAAGGAAAAUAAAGGAGAAACCACUGAUUGUUUGAUGCAGCUGGUUGCCUGCUGAUGACUGAUUGCUAAGUACUGCUACUUGUUUCCUGAAUGCUAUUAAUUGAGUAAAGAUUGUUUCCCAACUGAC